AUGUUGCCCCUUGUCUUCACUGUGCUCGUUCUGUACUCUUGCUUCUUAACCAGUGGAAGCUGUGACCUCUAUGAUGAGCUAAAGGAGUUGAAAACUGAAUUUGACAUCAGUCUCUACCAGCGAUUAGCAGAACCAGAGAACAGAACUAACUUGAUAGUUGCACCAGCAAGUGUGUCUAUUUCUUUGGGGCUACUGCAGUUUGGAGCUCGAGGAAACACCUUUAUGCAGCUGGAAAAUGCUCUUGGGUACAACAUCCAUGAUCCAAAAGUGCAGGACUUCUUGCAUACCGGAUACGAAGAAGUGACCAACUCUAGCCAAGGCCCUGGAGUUCAGCUGGCAUGUGCCCUAUUUGUGCAAGCUGGAGUUCACCUGUCUCCUGACUUCAUUGAACAUACUGCACUCUGGGCAAACAGCAGCCUGCAAAAAAUCAACUUCAGUGAGCCUAACAGCACUGCUGCACCGAUAAAUGAAUGGGUUACCGGUAACACUGAAGGUGGAGAAGCAGACUGCAUACAUCUGGAUACAGUUGGUUCACCACUUACUCAGAUGGCUGUGGUGAGCACCAUGUAUUUCAAAAGCACAUGGCAAAAGAAAUUCUCUUUCACAGAUACUCAGUCCUUGCCUUUUACCACUGCGGAGGGCGUCACCCUGAAAGUGCCCACAAUGUACCACAUGGCUGAAGUCAAUUAUGGUCAGUUCCACACCGCAUCGCUGGAGCGGUUCAGUGUAGCCGAGUUGCCUUAUCUGGGGGAGACAGUCAGCAUGUUUGUGGUGCUCCCCAGUGAUAGGAGGACAUCUCUGACCCAGAUUGAGUCACAUCUCUCAGCUAAAAUCAUCACUGUUUGGGCCAACAGCUUAAAGAGAAUGAAGAUGGAUAUUUUUCUACCUAGAUUCAGAAUUCAAAGUCACUUUGACUUAAAAAUGGUUUUACCUGCCUUGGGAAUUACAGACAUGUUUGAUCCAACUGAGGCUGAUUUUAAAGGAAUUUCAGAGCAAGGCGGGCUUUACAUUUCAGAAGCUAUUCAUAAAGCAAAGAUUGAAGUGACAGAAGAAGGUACGAAAGCAUCAGGAGCUACAGCUAUGGUGCUAUUAAAAAGAUCUCGAACUCCUAUCUUCAAAGCAGACAGACCUUUUCUCUUUUUCCUAAGGCACACCAAUACAGGCUCGGUGCUCUUUAUAGGAAGAGUUACAAAUCCCUCAGAAUAAGUGUGUCCAAUGCACCCUCCCCUUAUUCCUUCUGCAGCCAUCUUUCCUUCAGUGAAACUGAGGUGCACUGUGCAUAUUUAUUAAAAACUGG